AUGAGAUUAGAAGUUGAGAAAGUAAUGUUCUUCACGGACAGCAUGAUAACUCUACAGUGGAUCAAGUCUUCGGCCAGGAUAUAUAAGCCUUUUGUGUCAAGCAGAAUAGGGGAGAUUCAGACUCUCACUGACCCCUCAAGCUGGAAACAUAUACCUGGUGAAGAUAACACAGCAGACAAAGUGUCAAGAGGAAUCGCAGUAAACGACCUUAUGAAAGAAUGGAAGUGCGGUCCUAGAUUCCUGCAUCUCGACGAAACAGAGUGGCCAGUAGACAAGGUGAAUAUCGACCAGAGUCUUGAGAAUCUAGAGAGACGAAAGAUUAAUCAGACAGUGUUAGUUGUCAACAGCACAUCAAUUGCCCCCAUCGAAUCCGAACAUUUCUCAAGUUGGCGAAAGUUAGUCAGAGUGACUGCCUACGUUCUCAGAUUUGUACGGAUUCUCAAGUCAAAGCUCAAUAAAGAAUCCAUGCCAGAAGCUGAUGUGACAUUAGCCCCAGCAGAGUUGGAGAAAGCUGAGCUAUAUUGGACAAAGGAAGCGCAAAAGGGUCUGAAAAGCAGAUUUGAGAGAGGAGAGUUCAGAACCCUUACUCCUUUCAUUGAUAACGAAGGAGUAAUCAGAGUAGGAGGAAGAGUUGAGAACUUAGUGACAUCAUAUGAAUCUAGACAUCCAGCUCUACUCCCAGGUUCCCAUCACAUAGCUCUACUUUUCACACGUCACGUUCAUGAGAUUGGACACCCAGGUGUUGAGACGACAACCGCCAAGGCGAGACGCAAGUUUUGGAUCUUACAAGGACAUCGUUUGGCAAAAACCGUCAAGCAUCGUUGUGUUAAAUGCAGGUCAACAGAAUGCAAGCGUGAGACCCAGAAGAUGGCUGAUUUACCUAGUAAUCGUGUCGCACCUCACACUCCACCAUUUCAUUACACCUCCUGUGACUAUUUUGGCCCCUUUCAAGUAAAGGUUGGUCGUAAUAAGAGGGCCAAGCAUUAUGGUGUAAUCUUUACAUGUCUAAAUACGCGUGCCGUUCAUCUGGAAAUGGCAACUGACUGUUCAACAAUGGAAUUUCUCCAAGUCCUAAGGAGAUUCUUAUCAGUGAGGGGACGACCAGCUCAGAUCCUUAGCGACAAUGGAACGCAAUUUGUGGGAGCUCAACGCGAACUUCGCGAGAUGAUAUCGGGAUGGAGUGAAGAUGAGCUCAAAGAUUUCUGUGCAGAUAAGGGGAUACAGUGGAAGUUCAUCACCCCUAAUGCAGCCCACCAAAAUGGGUGCGCUGAAUCUCUUGUUAAAAGUGCCAAAAUAUCAAUCAAGAAAGCAAUUGGUGAGCAAGUGCUCACACCAUUUGAGUUGUAUACAUGCUUUCUUGAAGUAGCUAACCUUAUGAAUGAGAGACCGAUAGGACGGAAAUGCAAUGACCCAGAUGAUGGAAAUUAUUUGUGUCCAAAUGAUAUGUUGUUAGGCAGGUCUUCUAGAAAUGUCCCACAAGGUCUAUUUAAGCAAACCAAGAAUCCUCGCGAUCGCGUAGAAUUUGUUCAGCUAAUAGUGGAUUCUUUUUGGAAGCAGUGGUCUCAAAACGUCCUACCACUGUUAGUACCAUGUAGAAAGUGGAACACAGAUCGAAGGAAUGUUAGAGUUGGUGACGUUGUAAUGACUGCAGAGAGCAAUGCAAUCCGUGGAAAGUGGACUAUAGCAAGAAUCAUUCAGGUUUAUCCGGGACCUGAUGGUAAAGUUCGAAAUGUGAAGCUAAAAACUGUUUCCGGAGAGUAUCGUAGACCCAUUACAAAACUAGCGGUUAUCUACCCAACAGAAGGUUAUAGUGACUAA